AUGUCAUCGGUGAACGAUGCAGAACCAGCAGAAUCGAUUCAGCGAUAUGAAGUUAGCCACAGAGCAAAUAUUCAUAAAGUCUUGAACAAGAGAAAGAGUCAUUUAAGAAAUCACCAUGAAGUUAGCAACAAUAGAAGCAUUAGGAAAGACAUAGUCAUAAUAAAUAGGAAUAAAAUUCUAUAUAAUGAAGUUAGAAAGAAAACACUUUUAGAUAAAGUCUUGAAGAGACUUAUUAACAACCAUGAAGUUAGCAAUAAAAGCAUACGUACUAAUAAAAAAAGAAAGGAUGAAAUCGCAAAGCACUAUGAAGUUAGCAAUAAAAGAAAACUAAUAUUUAAAAAGACUAAUACUAAAUAUCAUAAAGUUGGCUGCAAAACUAAUGCAGAUAAAAAUAUAAGAACACGUGAUCAUGAAGUUAGCACCAACACACACGUAGAUAGAGUCUUACAGAAGUGUAAGGAUGUACAAGAAAAUAGUUACAGAAGCAUAAAAAGAGUUGUAGAUAAGAGAAAGGUUAAAUUUAAGAAUAAUCAAGAAGUUAGUGACACAAAGCACAAAGGCGUAGUUCCAGAAAAGAAUAGGGAAUGUCAUGAAGUCAGUAAUAGAAGUUCAAGUACAGAACUGAUAAAGAAUAGAAAAUGUCAUGAAGUCAGCAAUAGUAGAAGUACGGAACUGAUAAAGAAGAGAAAGCAAUUUCAACAGAGUAUAGAAGAGGAAAAGGAGAGAAAGAAUAAGCCUGGUAUCACAAAAUGGCGUCGAGAAUCAAGAUGGCGGAUAUGUACGGUGUUAAUGCCGCUCAUCAUUUCAAAUAUCAUUGGAUUGACUGGUGCAGAAAGUCUUACCAGCCGAGUUCUAGCAUCGUUCCUAGGGUAUCCUACCACCUGCAACAUAGGGGCAGAGGUUCGACCCUGUACCCUUUCCUUAUCGUGCUGGAUUCGAGGAGGCACCAGGGUUAGAGGCUGCGGCAGUAGCUGGCUGUUCUCAUGCUGUCUGCCUCCAGAAUUUGAGAGAAAUGACUUUGAUAAUAUGAUCCCAUCCUCUGACUGGAGGUACAAAGUGGUGCCGCCUAAACUCCGUCAAAUACCUCAGAGGAACGUGGUACCAACCAACGUGUUCAGGCGACGAGUUGAUGAAGACAUGAGCCAGAUAGAAUGCGGUCUACCUUCGACCAGGAUAUUGCAGAAGAGGAUCAUCGGUGGCAGAGAGGCGAGGUUCGCGGAGUUCCCCUGGCAAGCGCAUGUCAGGAUAUCGGAGUUUCAAUGUGGGGGUGUACUGAUUUCUAAAUGGUUCGUUGCGACGGCAGCUCACUGCGUGUCGCGCGCGCGGCCGCGGGACAUCGCCAUCUGGCUCGGGGCUUUGGACACCACAGCUGGGACCAACACUGCAAGAAGACUUGGGGUUGUCCAAAAGAUUCUACAUCCUCUUUUCCAAUUCCGGAUGACUCAACCCGACAGAUAUGACAUAGCGCUACUAAGACUAUCCCGCCCUAUCACUUACACCACUCAUAUCCUGCCGAUAUGCUUGCCUGAUACGGAUAUAGAGUUACGGGGAAAGUCGGGUGUAAUUGCCGGAUGGGGGAAGACCGAUGCAAGCAACGGCCACACGGGGACCAAUUUGCUGAGAUCUGCUACUGUUCCUAUAUUAAGCACAGAGCAAUGUAUCAACUGGCACCAGAGUAAACAAAUCCUGGUGGAAAUACACUCUGAGAUGAUCUGUGCCGGGCACUCCGAUGGUCACCAAGAUGCUUGCUUGGGUGAUUCUGGCGGUCCUCUCAUCGUAUUUGAUAGUGGGAGGUACUACCUAGUAGGCAUUACCUCAGCUGGCUUUGGCUGCGGCGUGGACCACCAGCCCGGCAUAUACCACAACGUGAAGACCACAACUAACUGGAUCAAAGACGUUAUCAACCCAGUCACUAACUAUAUUGACUUUUGA